AACAAUGUCAGACCUGCGCUAUACACCCUCACCGGAAGAGGUCGAGGGCGAAAAGGGGAUCAAUGUCGAGGCACACCGUCAUGCCGUGUCGUAUGAAGACCUCAAGCCUUCUCGAUUGGAGAGAAUCAUGGGCAAGAGGGUAGCGAGGGUGUAUGCUAGUCCAUACGCUCAGGUCGGCCUGGUGGGCAUGGUCGCCUUCCUGUGCCCGGGCAUGUUCAACUGCCUCUCUGGAAUCGGCGGUGGAGGUCAAGUCAAUGCAGACGCCUCCAACAAGGCCAGCAUCGCCCUCUACUCGACGUUUGCCAGUGUAUCCUUCGUAGCUGGUUCAAUUCACAACAAGCUAGGCACCAGAUGGACACUAUGGCUCGGCAGUUUGGGCUACGUCAUCUACGUCGCUGCCUUCCUCUCUUACAACUUUAAUGCCAAUGAAGGCUUCGUCAUCUUUGCUGGAGCGCUGCUGGGUGUAUGCGCCAGUCUCUUUUGGUCAGCACAAGGAGCACUGAUGCUCUGCUACCCUUCAGAAGGCAACAAAGCUAGGGCCAUCAGCGAAUUCUGGGUCAUCUUCAACCUGGGCGCCGUCAUUGGCUCAGCCAUCGCCAUGGGCCUCUCUUGGAAUUCAGCCACCGGAGCAGCACUGUCUAACGGGACCUAUGCGGCGUUCGUUGUGCUCACUUUCCUCGGGGGAGGAGUGGCAGCGCUGCUCAAGGAUCCAGCGACGAUGAUCAGGACUGAUGGCUCGAGAGUCGUCGUACCCGUCAAUACCACUUGGGCGCAGGAACUCAAGGGACUGUACGUCGUCCUGAGGAGCGACCCCUACAUUAUCCUCCUCUUUCCGUUGUUCUUUGCGUCCAACUUCUUCUACACUUGGCAGUUCAACGACUUCAAUGGCGCCCUCUUUACACUGCGUACCCGCUCGCUAAACUCUCUCCUCUACUGGCUAGCCCAGAUCUUUGGUGCCCUCUUCCUCUCCCUAAUCGCCGACUCCUCCCAUCUACCCCGUCGUACCCGCGCCUGGUGCUCCUGGGCCAUCGUCACCCUCGUCGUCUUUGCCGUUUGGGGUGGAAGUUACUCCCUCCAGUCCCACUACACCAGAGCAAGUCUUAAAGCGGGAGUGCCAGAAGAGUACCCAAUGGAUCUUACUGCAGGGAGGCCUUAUGCUGCGAGAGCCUUCUUGUACAUCUUUUCAGGAUUCAUGGACGCGGUUUGGCAGGUCAACGUCUACUGGCUCAUGGGUGCCAUCUCCAACGACUUGGGCAAAUUGGCAAUGCUUGCUGGGUUCUACAAGUGUCUUCAAAGCGCCGGAGCAGCCGUGGCUUUUGGAUUGGACUUGAAUCUUCAACCUUACAUGACCAUCCUAGCCGUCACUUGGUCCCUCUGUGCUGCUGGACUCCUCUUUGCUGCUCCCCUCAUUGCACUUAGGGUCAAAGAGAGGACAGAGGAGACGCGAUUGGACCGUGGGCGCAGCGAGAGGGAGGCAGAGGCAGAGGUAGAGGGAGAGAUGGAGGCGGAGAAGGAGAAGGAGAGGGAUCUUAAGUGAUUGAAGUGGGGCUGAUCAGAACCAGUACCACCCGGACGCUUUCGACCUCUUCUCACUGGAACGCAUGAGCAUCAGCACCAGCAUCAGCAUCGGCAUCCGGAUCCCACUCCAUUCCUCUAGUAGGCUCCUGUACCUUCCAGUCGUCUACCCUUUUGUGUCUCAUGUCCCGCACACGGCCUCCAUUGAACAAUUCCUUGUCACCUUUCGCCUCGUUCCGCCGCUGUCCGACCUGUAGCUGGAGCUGGAGCUGUAGCUGGAGCUAUAGCGCACCAAGUAAAGUAAGCUGUAAUUCAACAUCAACCCUUUUAUUCCU